CCAACCUCCAAACUACUAACUUUCUCUAGCCUUCAUUUCUUUCAAACCUCUUCUGUAUCCACGCCCCUCUCAUACACCCAUUGUCUCCAAUCCACCCCAAACAAUGGCCACCGCAUACACCCAAACCGACCUCCAGGGCGCCCUGCCCCUCAUCGCGCGCGGCAAAGUGCGCGACCUGUACGAGAUCGACGACAAAACCCUCCUCUUCAUCGCGACCGACCGCAUCUCCGCCUACGAUGUGAUUAUGGGAAAUGGCAUCCCCAACAAAGGCAUCCUCCUCACCCUCUGCACCCGCAAAUGGUUCGAAGUGCUCACCACCGCCCUCCCCACCCUCCGCACGCACUUCCUGACCCUCGACCUGCCCCCACAAAUCCCCGAGUCGCUGCGCCCGGUCCUCCAGAACCGCAGCAUGCAGGUCCGCAAGCUCCGUAUCCUGCCCAUUGAGGCCAUCGUGCGCGGUUACAUCACCGGCUCCGCGUGGAAGGAGUACCAGACUCACGGCACGGUGCAUGGUCUCCCCGUCAAGGCCGGGUUGAAGGAGAGUGAGGCGUUCCCCGAUGGACCGAUUUAUACCCCGAGUACGAAGGCCGAGUUGGGUGAACAUGAUGAGAACAUUCAUCCAGAUAAGGCCGUUGAGAUUAUCGGAGAGAAAUACGCCGCUAUUGUCGCUUCUCUGUCUGUUCAGCUGUACAAGAUCGCCCACGAGUAUGCGCUUUCCCGCGGUGUCAUCAUCGCUGACACCAAGUUCGAGUUCGGUGUUGAUGAGGAGACUGGUGAGGUGGUGCUUGCUGAUGAGGUGUUGACGCCGGAUUCGUCGCGGUUCUGGCCUAAGGAUACCUAUGAGAUUGGCCGGGGACAGGCCAGUUUCGAUAAGCAGUUCCUCCGCGAUUGGUUGGUCAAGGAGGGGCUGAAGGGUAAGGAGGGUGUCCGGAUGAGCGAUGAGAUCGCGGAGAAGACUAGUGAGAAGUACAAGGAGGCAUGGGAGAAGAUUACCGGUGGUAACUAAAAUAAUUAUCAGUCCUGAUAUGGACUUUGUAUGAAUUUUUAAACAAAAUGUCAUGAAAAGGGAAAAGGUAGAUUAGUUAGGCACUAGAAAGGUC